UAACGAAAAUCGUCGGUAUGAUGUCGUUAUAUGCCGCUAUCAUAACGCAUGGUUCGAUACCCCUCGGUACGCGUAACGAUCACAUAACGACAGUAGUGAAGCGUCUGAAGUGUCGAAGUGAUGAGUGUGUUCAUUUAAGAAGGUCUUCACGUGUAUACAUCGUAAACAUAUAUUAAAAGAAAAAUUAACAUUUAAGGAAUUCGAGGACAUGGCCCUUGAGUAUUUGGUGUGGGAAUUAGGAUUAGUGGUUGAAAGAGUGCGUCGACUAGAACGGCGUGUGGCAAGAAGGCGGCUGAGAGAUGCUCAAAAUCCUUUUCACAUCCCACGAGAUGAAUUCAUCGACUAUUUUCGCCUUACUCCUGAACUGGUAAUCAACAUUGCAACUGCAUUAAGGGUUGAUUUACAGAAUAAACGACUUACUGGCUUAGUGCCAGAAAUAAAGGUGUUGAUAGCCAUACAAUUUUAUGCGCAAGGCAGCUAUCAAAGAAGCGUUGGCAAUCAAUUCCAAUGGAUUGUUAGCCAAUCAACAACAAGCCGUUGCCUCCAUGCCGUAACUGAAGCGAUUUAUCGGCGCUUGCUGCGUAGAUGGGUAAAUUUCCCGAUGAACGAAGAAGAUCGACAGCAAGCGCGUGCAAAAUUCUCCGCUGCUACUUACCCAUUUGAAGAUGCUAUCGCUGCCAUAGACUGUACUUUUAUUCAUAUUAUAGCCCCUCAUGAAAAUGAAGAGGCGUUCAUUAAUCAUCACGGUCGCCAUUCUUUGAACGUACAAGCGAUUGUUGAUCCAGAUAUGAAGCUGCUUAAUAUCAAUCCACGAUAUCCAGAUGCACGUAACGACUCAUACAUCUGGAGUACAUCACCAAUUCGUCGAGCAAUGGAAUUUCAUUAUAAUCGAGGAGAACGGAAAACUUGGCUGAUCGUAUAUUGUAAGAUACAGACGAAGGAGGACAGCACCAGUCUAUUCCGGGGGAAGCCACGAGAGAAAGACCGGUCCUAAGAGAUCAGAUUCGACGGAUGGAGAAAAGGAUAAAAGGAGACGCUCGGAGAAAGACGUAGAUUUUUGCCUUUGGCUUUUCGCCUUUAGCUUUUUGCCAAUUAACGUCGAGACGAAUAAUAGAAAUAGAGUCAAGUCGAAGAAAGAGUCGUAGAGCGUUAAGCUUUGUAAAGAGAUAUAUUUGAUAUAAGUUGCGGUGUCGGAUACUAUUGUAUUAUUGUUCAUUUAAAAUAUACAUACUUAUAUUCUUGUUCAUAAUAAGAAGAGAAUAAUAAGAAU